UUUAUUUACUGUUUAUCAGAUCUCAUGCCAUCGCCUGUACAAAUCAAUUCAUUAUUGGAAGAUCUCAAGCAUUGAUGGUGCAUAUUACGUCAUUUGUUGAGGUAGAUGUCAAUGUAAUAUAAUUGUAAAAGAUUUAUUUACCUGUUUUACAUCGUGCCAAAAUUUCAUUGCUUAUGCACGGUUUAUUUUCUAAUAUUCGAUUAUCAUGCGAUUUUCAAUAAACUAAAGUGAUUGAUGUGUUAUUUUCAGAGUUUAUUUGCAUUAGCUGCUGAUGAGGACCCAGAAGUAAGGAAGAAUGUUUGUCGAGCACUUGUCAUGUUGCUGGAAGUCCGUAGUGAUCAGUUACUGCCUCAUAUGAACAACAUUAUAGAGGUAUUGUAUUUACACACAAAGAUGCACAUGCAAUUGGAUUAACCAUGCAUGAAAAUUGGACUUAUGAAUUUUUUAACAAAAAGUCUAUCAACCCAAGCUAGAAAUAACCAGUCAACCAGAUUGAAAAAUCACACGCAUCAUUACUUGCCAUCAUUGCUCAUCAUUACUCACAUAAUAAUAUACAUAAAGAUUUUACUCGACUGUGAUUGGUUGAUUUCAGUGCAGUUAAUCCCAAACAGCAGUGGAAUUUUCUGUAAUCACAGUGCAAUUUUCUGUAAUCACAGUGCAAUUUUUUGUAAUCACAAUGCAAUUUUCUGUAAUCACAGUGCAAAAAUCUGUAACAAACUGAUCUGAUUGGUGGAAAAACAUUGUGAUGAUUAAAUCAACGAAUCAGUUUAAAGCAAUUUAGUUUAAAGAAGUAACGGUCACAGAUUGCUUCAAAACAAAACAAAACAAACAUGGCGCCGCGCUACAUAAAGUAAAAGUUGCCUUCGCGUGGAAAAUGUGGCUUUGGAAAAGCAUUUACCUUAAACAAGACUAACAAAAAUUGAGUGAGUUUUUCAAAGACCUCAAAUAGCACUCGUCCUUCGGACUCGUGCUAUUUUGAAGUCUUUGAAAAACUCACUCGUGCAUGUUAUCCAAAUUGCACUCGAAACCAUGCUAUUACCUAUACAAAUCGCAUCAUUACUUACAGACGGUUUUAUGUUGAAAAUUUCUGUCGAGCUUCAAGCUGGGUUCAUGACAUCUUCUUGCAGUACGUCAAGUUAUUCAGCCCCACGCAAUUGAAAUGACGUCAUUUCUUUGUUUUAGUACAUGUUAAUCCGAACACAAGACAGCGAUGAGAAUGUGGCUUUAGAAGCGUGCGAAUUUUGGCUUACGUUGGCUGAGCAAUCAAUUUGUAAAGAAUGUCUCACUCCAUAUCUUAGUCGGUAUGUUUUUAUUGACUCGCACAGAGCAGUCCAUUGCAGUGUGUAAAGAAAUUAAAUGGACUUUUGGCCCUUGACCCGAAAAACGAGACCUUAUAAUCUUAUUGUAGUUGACGAUACAUAUACAUCUUCAAUAUAUACAACAUAUACACAAAGAAUGAAGUGAUAUUUAGCAAAGCGAAUAUAUCUUCAGUCUCAGGCUCUUGGACGUUAAUUGUCAUUAAAUUAGUUACAGGUAUAUAAAACGGUAGAAGAGCAUGAAAUUACUUCAAUUCUCAUUCAGGCAAUUACCUAAAGAUAUUUUACAACUGUGAAACAACGGUUAGAGGGUUUUGCGUAUGCCAAGUCAAAGUGUUUGAAAAAACUUGUUUAUAAACUGCGAACUUGCGUAUGAAAAGUACCUGAAAAAUAUUUGUUCAUAGUUGCACUUGUAUUGGUUGUUUUAGAUUGGUUCCAAUAUUAGUGAAUGGAAUGAAGUAUUCUGAGAUUGAUAUCAUUCUGCUCAAGGUUUGUUUUUUACAUGCGUGCAUUAGAGAGAAUAAAAUACUAUAUCACUAUUGUAUUCUUAAAAGCGUUAAGUUACUAUCACUAUCGUGUAUGAAAAGCGUUAAGAAAAACCGCUUUCUGUGAUUGUUCAAGGGAAUCUGUUUUCCCCCAACCAUUUUCAUGCAGGGAGAUGUUGAGGAAGAUGAAAGUGUUCCUGACAGUGAGCAAGAUAUCAAACCUCGAUUUCAUAAAUCAAAAACACAUAGUCUGAAAAGAGAAGAUAGCGAGCUUUCAGAUGAUGAAGAUGACGAUAUUGAUGAUGAUUCAUUAUCGGACUGGAAUCUGAGUAAGAUGCCUUACGGGAGUAUUUUAAAAUUUACCGCUAUAGCUCCCCCAUCAAUAAUUUCUGAAAGCCUUUGAAUGGUAACUGAAUAACAGUGCAAUAAAGCUGUAGUUCAAUACCGUAAACCUCCGACUAUAAGCCCUGGGCUUAUAUACUUUCGUAAGCGAUUUUUGAUGGGCUUAUACAAAGGGGGGGGGGGCUUAUAUACGGGUGGGCUUAUACAAGGACGAUCUUUUGUGUUAGUAAUAAACAAGUCAGACAUAAACAAGUCAGUCAUAAACAGGGAGUAAACGUGUAUUAAGCAGCUAUUACUGGACUUAUAUUAAUUGUGGGACUUAUAUUUGGGUGGGCUUAUUCGGGGGGGUUAUAUUCGGGGGCUUAUAUUUGGAAUGAGGUGAGCGUUAGUACAUGUGGUGGGCUUAUACACGGGGGGAGGCUUAUAUUCGGGGGGGGGGGGCUUAUAGUCGGAGGUUUACGGUAAUGUUAUAACCAUGGAAAUAUUGGUAGGCUAGAAAUUAAGCAAAUUUGUAUGAUAUUUAAGGCAAACCAUUUAAAGAACUGAGACUUGCACCAUAAGAGGUUGGUAAUAUAGUUGCAACCCAAAUUCCCACCCACCUACCCAAUAUUUCACGAAGUGUCUGCCACUGAUGGAAAUUCGGACGUUUCCUCGAAUGUUUCUCCACCAACGCAUGGGAACAUGCAUUUUAAGCUCCCAGGAAGAAAAAAGAUUGAACAAAUUCAGAAACGUUUUUGUUUGCGGUCGUCUAGAAGCCCGAUACCAGUUCAACACUUUCUCGAAACAACGAAUUUUUGGUUGCUCUUUGCAGUGUCAGAAUUAGUAUGAACAGUUAAUGGUAUCCUGAAUUUCUCACUGGUAUCCUUAAGUUUUUACUAAUGUGCAUAUUAUUUCUUAGGAAAGUGUUCAGCAGCUGCACUUGAUGUGUUAGCUAAUGUAUUCCGAGAUGAAUUGUUACCUGUAUUGUUGACAAUAUUAAAAGAAACGUUAUUCCAUGGUGAUUGGGAAGUCAGAGAGUCUGGAAUUCUUGUCUUGGGCGCAAUUGCUGAAGGUAACUGGGAUUGGCUACUACUUAGGCAUGCAGGACAAUGUUUAUGCCACAUGAUGUUGUAAAGUUUAAACAUGUUACAACACCUCAUAACAGGGCUCGAAAUAGUGGCCUGCCAAUGACCAUAGGCGAGGGGGGGGGGGGGAUUUUGACCUGCCAAGUCAAAAAUAAAAUGGCAGGCGAAAUACUAUCGAAGAUACAGUUCGCCAUUUUGAGUUAGCCAUUUGCCGUAACGUCAUACCUGAGUGAGACAAUUUUGGCAGUUCAAAAAUAGAAAUGGCAGACCAUAAUUUAUUUGAACUGUCAAAAAAAAUAGUUUUUACUGUAUAUGUACUUGUUUAUAUACUCUGUAUACCAUAACCUACCACAACAUCAAGCCUUAAAAUAUCGGUCGGUCACGGACAUUGUCCGACCCAUUCAUCAAAUUGUCCGACGUAGAGAGGAAACCACCGGACAUUCUGUCCGACCUAAGUGAAACUGAGGUUUAUUGUUUGUCCGACCCGAGUGUAUUGGUGUCCGACCGAACUGUAGCUUUGUCUGACGCUUUCUCCACGCACGUAAAUCAAAAUGUACCCUAGUCCAGAACCAGAGUUUGUAUAAAAAUGUUGCGGGGCGGCGAGUGAAAUGGCGAGGUGGAAAACGAGCUUAAGUUAUCGAAGUCGUACUGCUAUCAUUGGCAAGCAAGUUAAUUUUGGCUUGGAAAUAAGUAUGAAUGACACAAAUUAUUUAGUAUCUUCACAACAUUUAGUUCAGAAUGAAUAGAUUAUGCUGAUAUUAAUUUGCGUUAUUCAGACUUAUUUCCGACCCAAACUGAACUGAUCGGACAUAUGUCCGAUCCAAACUCAAAGUCAUCGGACAUUUUGUCAGACGGCCCUGUAAAAGAUAUUUUAAGGCCUGCACAACAUUAUUCUUCUCUGAAAUUUCAGGUUGUGUGAAUGGCAUGACUCCUCAUCUUCCAGAGUUACUUCCAUUUCUUAUCAAUUGUCUCUCGGAGAAAAAGGUACGUCUUGCUGUAAUAUCUAGUACAUGUUAUACAAAUGAAACCAAAUAACAUGCAGGGGAGUUGUAUUAACAAAUAAACCAAAGUAUUUUGUUCAUAUUUAGGCACUUGUCCGUUCUAUAACCUGUUGGACACUGAGUCGUUACGCUCACUGGGUUGUAAAUCAACCGCAUGAGUUGUAUUUCCAAAGACUUAUGAGUGAGGUAUGAUAUUGCCUUGGAAAAUAAUAUUGAUAUCUUGCCAGCAUCUUGAUAACAUGCAAUAGUACAAAGCAUUAAAGUUUAAGAAACGUAUUUAGAGAUCUGUGAUUAAGAUAGCAAGGUGUUUUGCAAUAGACCUUUCCCCUUACGAGUGACAUUUUGAUCCAGACAAGCCUGGACAAGAAUUUCAUCACAGCUUGAAAGAGCAUCACAAAAUUAGUAAUAUUCCGAAGUUUCGUUGCGAAAUGUUGUAAAAUGCGGAUAAUAUAGCCUUGCGAAGUUUGCCGUUUUUCAGUCAUUUUGUAUUACAAACGGGAAAUUGAUAAUCAGAUGAUCAAACUGAUUAUCAAUUUCCCAUUUGUAAUACAAAAUGACUGAAAAACGGCAAACUUCGCAAGACUAUAUUAUCCGCAUUUUACAACAUUUCGCAACGAAACUUCGGAAUAUUACUAAUUUUCAAUGAAGCUGUGAUGAAAUUUUUGUCCAGGUUUUCAAGGGUCUUUUAUAUCCCAGAUAUAUCCAGGUAUACAUAGGUAUCUUGCCAUCUUACCAGUUCGCAAAGUAGGUCGUACUGGCCCUGUUUCGGACCAAGCAUUGAAUUAAAUUACGGGACAAUUUACGGGUGUGGUACAGGAUAUUGUAUAGGUAUGAGAAAUCUCUUGGAUUUUAAAAGUUACCGUUCGUCAGGUAAAUUCUUGUUAAUUUCAGCUUCUGAAAAGAAUUUUGGACAGUAACAAAAGAGUGCAAGAGGCGGCAUGCAGGUAUGCAAACUAACUAACUAAAGAGUGAGUAUCAUGCCAUUGAUCCUUUUGGCGCUUGGCGUCCCAGAAAAUGGUUGACUCUUGAGAUAUUUAUAAGUGAUCUCCAAGAUUUAAUUUGUAUUAGCCCAUAUUUAUCGGUAUCCUAUUGAAAAACAACUAUAUUUUUUCUUAAGUAAGUCAUUAUAUCUUCGUAAGUCAUUAUAUCUUGUAAAAUGUUGCGUUUUUUAUGCACAAUGUUUGUACUGAAAAUAUAUACUAAUUAAAGACAAAUAAAGACAGAUUAGACAAUUCGUUAUUAGACAUAUUAGUUAUAACAACUUAUACUAAGAUUUGAAUCGUGACUAUAAAGGUACUGUACGUUUACACACUGCGACUUACCCACCAUGCAGUUACAAUAAUUAAAAAUCAAUUUGGAAUAAUUGGGCUUAUCAUACGUGUAGGGCUUUCAUCACAUGGUUGUAAUAUUAAAUUGAUAAAGCUUUGUUACACAGUUAUUCUGCUAUCAUUCAAAGGCUUUCAGUUCAUAUUUUUGCUUGUUCAAUGCCCCAGCCCCUAGUGUCCUGCUCGCAUCAGGCAUUUCACUUAGUUACGUCAAUUUUGAUUAUCCAGUGCUUUUGCUACACUGGAAGAGGAAGCUUGUACUGAACUGGUGCCUUAUCUUGGAUAUAUACUUCAAACAUUGGUAUUUGCUUUUGGAAAAUACCAGGUAAUGAACGUCCCUGCAUGAAAUUAUUAAUAUGCGUUGCAUAAGAUCCCAGAAAAAUGAGGUCUGUAUGACCUCGCAUUGUUUUAAAGAUCCAUCAGCUAUUCAACUAUACAGAACUCUCUUAUUCGUCUCUGAUUAAACCAUUUAUGAAAAAGGGUAGUGAGGAUUUUACCAUUAAAAUGUACCCUCUGUACUCUAUAUGUACCCUCUACACUCUAUUAUUAAACAUUUCAGUAUUCACUGGUUUGAUGUUGGCUUCUUCUUUUUUUGAAGGGGUAAGGAUAUCUCUUGGUAGUGAGCACCCGCCCACGCGGAUGCGUUGAACAGGUUGUCAGUCGGACAAAUCUGAUAUUACUUGUUCACUUUACAGUAUAUAUGUAUAUAUAUAUGCAAAGUACUGUACACAUGCUUGUUCCAUCAAUGAUUAUUAAAAUAAAAAGUCGUUUCAAACUUGUCACGGCAAGUAAACAAUACAAACUCGUCCUGAUAUCGGUUUAAGUUUGUAAAACAACUUGUAAGAUCCUAACGUGUGGCGUAAUAUCGGACAUUACUUCAGUUGUUUGCUAAAUUUCUUGUGAUUGAUUUCGUGCUAGCGACAAUAAAGUUAUCUCUUCUGUUUUUAAGCAUAAAAAUUUACUGAUAUUAUACGACGCUAUUGGAACCUUGGCUGAUUCUGUUGGUCAUCAUUUAAAUAAACAAGAAUUCAUCGAGUUAUUAAUGCCUCCACUUAUU